CACUACAACAAUAUAGAAAUCCACGCACAUUCUACAUCGCUUCACAGAACUAGAAAGAUCCACACAGCUAGAGAGAGAAACAAGAGAGAGAGGGAGAAACCAUGGCUGGUCUUCAAAGAUCUGAGGUUUCUUUCAGAAGACAAGGUUCAUCUGGUCUUGUUUGGGAUGAAAAGUUGUUGUCAGGUGAAUUGAACCGCAAAGAGGAGGGUCAAGACAACAAGGGUAGUACUGAUCAUCAGAAUGUUAAGGAAUUACGAACCACCACCGUCCAGAGAAGCCGCUCCAACGGUGGCUACCGCACCGGAAGAGUCUCGCCGGCGAUCGAUCCGCCGUCUCCCAAGCUCUCUGCAUGUGGGUUCUGCGCCGCUUUCGGGAAACCAACAGGGGACAAGGGUCAACGGUCAAAGCCUGGUAAGCCUCGAACAAGGUAAAUCGUUUUGGUCAUUCUCCGGUGGCCGACACCGGUGGUUUUAGCAUCAGAUACGGGAUAUUCCGGCGGGUCAUCGGCAUAAACAGGGUUGGUUUAGUUGAGUUGAGUUGAAUCCUGAUGGGAAAAACAGAACGGUGAAUUCUAGUUUUUUUGUUUUGUUUUUGAUUUGUGUUGGAUUAAUAAUGUCAAGGUUUGUGGCUGAAUUAUAUUGGGUUGUAAUUAUAUGUACAUUUGGUGAAUUGAAGAGGAACUUUGGUCUCUGUUUUCA